AUGGAGGGUACAUUCGAUGCGACAGCCCUUUAUCCGCUUCCUUUCACUCGGAGUCAAAAUCUCCUUGAUCGCAAUAUCUACUAUGAGCGAUCAAAGCCUCAGUAUGAGCAGGUUCCAGCCAGUUACUUCAUAUCAGCAAAAGCAAAUGGCGCAUACGGUGACGCAUCACAUGAUGAUACUCAGGCACUCAAUACCUUGUUUCAGUACGCGGCAGCAAAAGGGCUCAUCGCAUAUCUCGACGCAGGAUACUACAUGGUUUCAAAUACUGUACACAUCCCACCGAAUGCCAGAAUUGUAGGUGAAGCCUUGGCAUCGAUCAUCAUGGGGACAGGGCCCAAUUUUGGGGACGUGAGCAAACCUCGACCUGUCGUCCAAGUUGGUCUCCCUGGUGAUGUUGGCCAGAUAGAGUGGUCAGAUACAAUAGUAUCAACUCGUGGUCCAACAGCAGGUGCCAUCCUAAUUCAGUAUAAUUUGUUCGCUCCUGAAACCCCAUCAGGCAUGUGGGAUGUACACACUCGAAUUGGAGGUUUUGCUGGGACCUAUCUUCAAGUUCCAGACUGCCCUGCUAUCAAAGGGACAAACACUGUUAAUCCGAGAUGUCUGGCAGCUUACAUGAGCUUCCACGUAACGGCUUUCGCUGGGGGUCUAUUCACAGAAAAUUGCUGGUUUUGGGUCGCAGAUCACGAUCUUGAGGAUCAAAAAUACCAACGUGUUUCUAUCUUUGCAGGAAGAGGAGUUCUUGUAGAGGCACAGAGAGGCCGCAUCUGGCUCAGUGCGUCUGGUUCAGAACACCAUGUUCUGUAUCAAUACCAGCUCUCCAACACCAGAGACGUUUACAUUGGCCACGCACAGACAGAGCAGGCCUACUUUCAACCCAUGCCCGUGGCUCAAUACCCGUUCCCUCUUGCGCCAGCACUGAACGAUCCAAACUUUCAGCAAGACUGCCAGAACGACCCUGAUCCAGGAUGCAAUAUGGGAUGGGGCAUGAGAAUUCUCAACUCCAGCAACGUUGCCGUGAUACUGCCAAGCGAGAACUUUGAGCAUUCAGGGCAUGAGUCCUGGAACGAGGUUUCUAGGAUUGACUACAGUGGGCACCCGGAUCAUGGUGCAUCGAGAUGGGAUGGAUUUGGCUCCGGCUAG